GGGAGGCUCAAUCAAUGCUUGGGGUGACGUCAUGGUCGUUGUUUGAAUGUCGGGAGCUAGCGCUGAGUAGAGGCCGUGCGCUCAGCUGGGAGACAAAAACUUGUACAAAUUUCCAAGCUCAAGGUCGUCGACAGCCUUCGGUACAUCGAUUCACAGGAAUAUCAUCUCCCAUUCCCCUUCCCCCUCUGUUGGAGCAUGGCUCAGGAGACCAAUCAGACACAGGUGCCAAUGCUUUGCACUAUGGGAUGUGGUUUCUAUGGCAACCCCCGCACCAAUGGUAUGUGCUCAGUUUGCUACAAGGAACACCUGCAGAGACAACAGGGAGGAGGCCGGUCCAGCCCCCCAGGUGAAAAAGCUGCUACAUCACCCACAGGAUCGCCAGGAUCAGCUUGUGUGAAUGUGGAGAGCACAUCCUCAGAGCCCAGCACAGAGACAGAGCCCGCCACAGGAACCCCUCCUGAGGAACAGACCAGCAGUCCUAGUUCUCCCAGCCCGGUGACUCAGCAGAUGACUGCCAUGAGUAUUUCCCAAGAGCCAGCACCAGUGGACUCGGACAGAGCAGAAGCUGAGGAGGGAGAAGAGGAGAGCACGUCCAGCAACACAGAACAAGUUGGAGAAACGGCACAGGCAUCUUCAGAUGGUGAACAAACGCCUGAUAAAAACAAAAAAAAGAACCGAUGCUUUUCCUGCCGGAAGAAAGUUGGCCUCACUGGUUUUGACUGUCGUUGUGGCAACUUGUUCUGUGCCAUCCACCGUUACUCUGACAAACAUGACUGUCCCUAUGAUUACCGGAGUGCAGCAGCUGCGCGCAUACGCAAGGAGAACCCCAUUGUGGUGGCUGAGAAGAUUCAGAAGUUAUGAGGUCUGAUUGUGGUGGAGAAGGUCUGACUUUGUGAAUUUGAACAAUGCGACUUGGAUGAAAACACCUGAAAUCAUGGCUUCAUUUGUUCAUGGUAGUGCGGGGGCUGGGCGGGGCACCCACCUUACUGGUAUCUCCCCUUUCUUCAAAAGUUGUUUGCGGCUGAAUCAGGUUGAGUGCAAGUGUGAAUGAAAGUGUGUGUGUGCUUUUUGCUUGUGUGAAUGGGGAGAUCAGUAGGGCUUUGGUGGAAAUUGCUGUUGCUGUGAGCUACGGCAUUUAAUUUUAAACAUUUUUUCUCUUACUUUUGCAGCAAUCUUGAGGGGUUUUUUUUCAACCCUGUAAUAUAGUUACACAUUUGGGUAAAGUAAAAGGUCGAUUUGGAUGCACCUAUAAAAUAUCUAACUGGGAGAUGUAUUGGUGUGACCUAAGGGCUGAGGAAUAUCCUCCCGGGCCGAAGAUGUCAACUUGUUUAAAAAUUUUUUGCACCUUCCUAUUACUUUAUUCUCUGGGUCACCACACGUUGAACUCUUCAGUAAUAUUUCUCUUUGAUAUAUCAACUUAUCAUACUGAUAUUGGGUGCAUGAAAAGUUAUUGGAGGGAAGAGGUGGGGUUUUUGGGAACUGAACCUUGACUUAUACAGCGUGAAUGAAAUUUGUGUUUUUUCCCUAUUUUAAUGAGCGUAUGACAUCAAAAGAUCUAUAUUAAUAUAUUGUAGUUAGCUUGAAAUGUGUGACUGCUUUCUAUUUAUUUUUAUCAUUUGGUUGAUCUGUGCUGGAGGAUUGGCAGCAUGUGUCAGCAAAUCUAAGAUUUGUGCUCAAUCGUUUCAAGUAUAUUUAAUUGCAUUGAUUAUACAACCAUUAAAAGACAUUAUCUUUCACACUGAAGUAGAGUCCAGUUAAGUCAUUGCAAGCAGGAAGCUCCUUUUCUGCCUUCAGUAACAGAGCACAAUUAUUGUCCUAGACAUGUUUUUUGUUUUUGUUUUUCAGUUUGUUUUUGGUCACAGUGAGUGGCCUGCUUGUCAAAAAUGCCUUGUUUAAUUGUUUAGGGUGACAAGUUGAUCAUCAGCAGACCACUUAGACCUGCUGAAAGAAUCAGUAUGGCUUGAGUUGCUUUGCACACCGAUACAGUGCUUCAUUAAACUAACGUUCAUUAAAGUAAUAUGUACAUUUUACAAAUUUAUAAUGUAUACACUAUGGAACAUACCAGUAACUGACUGUGCAACCUGAAACAUGGCUGUGAUGUAUGCAAAGACAUCCAGAGAAGCUCAACAUAUGGCUAUGUGGGGAAUCCUGUCGUGUCAUUAACAGGGCUCUACUUUUUCCCAAUGUAAAUAAUUCUAUUGAUAUUCAUAAUGUAGAUUUCUCCAGUUUAGGAAGGGUGAGGCUUCAUACUGCAGCUAGUAUGACGUAUAAAACACCCAAUGACAUCUUAAAAGAAAGUGCCACAAAUGGUAUUCAUGUUCCAUAUUAAGACUUCAUUUAUACAUGUAAUAUCUUCUUUAUUACAAAGCACAGCUAGCUCUUUAUUUAGGCAUAUUUAUCUAAUAGUGAACAUGCCCAUGUGGAUCGCUAACUUUACUCAAGUAUGCAGUCUUGCUGAUUACAUUUAGAGCAUAGUAAUAUCAGACAUUUUUGUGUCAGGCAGAGCUAUUGAGAAUUUAAUCUUUUUAUUAUCUUUAGCUUUCCUUGUAAAUGCUUGAUCUUAAUGAUAAACUAUUUAUUUAAAAAGUAGUAGAAAAGUUUGAAGGUAUAUUAACUGUGUGAUCCAACUAAGCCCAUGCAGAAUGUUUUAGAGUAAUGAAUGAUUCAUUCUUGUAUGCACGAGUUACUUUGGACCUGAUCGUGUUUUAUUGAGAUAAAAAUUAGAUUCUAUCAAAUUAAGCCUUAUCGAUAGAAAUGACUUGAUAUGGGGAGUUUGGUUGAGUACAGUGUGAGACUUGGCCUACAGAAUCUUUGAUGCUGUUUUUAAGUAAAGCAUUGAACAGGCGCACACACAACAGAAGCUUGACUGCUGGUGGUAAUCUUUGCUCAAGUAUAAUUUUCACAACAAAUUAACAUUUUCACUUCCUACAGACUCAAUAGAAGUCUUCAUAGGAUUAUAAAGCUGUUUGCAGGUAUACACUUGCUAAUUCUGUUGACUGCUCAUAUCAACCAACAUUGUAUUUUUUAAAGAUUGUGAGCAGUUUGAAUGUAACCCACCAUCUUCACACUAGCUGGACCUCUCUCAGCCUGUCAUGACCUAUUCACGGGCUGAGAAAGUGUCUUGCAUACCUUUUUACAGUUUUUAUAAAGGACUCAUCACCAGCAAUUAGGAUGUCCCUACUUUAAACAUCUACAUAUACUAUAUCAAUGCUAUUAGGCUAUGUGUAUUUGGACCCCUCUUGUAUGUUUCAAGCUCUUUGUCAUCAUGUGGCUUAAUAUAAUGCACAAUGUCUUCAUCAGUUCCUACAGGCUACAUAAUGUAUAGAUUAUUUGGAAGGAAAGGUAAUUCAGAUAAAUGCAGAUAGAAUGAACGAUGUGUAUUCUAAGUUUUAAAACAGGCACGAUUGACAUAUUUGCGAAUCCCUUGGCACCCCAGUCUCCUGCAAUGCCACCAGAUCUUUAUUUUAUUUUAUUAUUUUUGAUUUUCUUUAAAAUCUUAGGAUUGUAUGAUGUGUAAAAGUAACAAUAAAAUCACAAAGUUUAUUUUAAAUUA